AUGAAUGUUGCUAAUCAGACUGUUAUACUGGAAUUCAUUCUUUUGGGACUUUCUAAGCAUCACAAUGUUGAGAUUGUUCUCUUUGUUUUGUGCCUGGGGAUAUAUCUGGUCAUUUUACUAGGUAACUCCUCUCUCAUUUUAUUGAGUAUUCUGGAUUCCAACCUUCACACUCCCAUGUAUUUCUUCCUUAGUAAUCUUUCCUUCAUGGACAUCUUUGGUACAUCCUCCUUUGUGCCACUAAUGUUAGUCAAUUUCCUGUCAGUAAAAAAAUCUAUAUCUUUCCCAGGAUGUGCAUUACAAAUGUUCCUUACUCAUGCCCUGGGAGGAACAGAAUGUGUCUUGCUGGCCAUGAUGGCCUAUGACAGGUAUGUGGCCAUCUGUAAUCCCCUGAGAUAUACAAUCAUCAUGAAUAUGAGACUCUGUGUGCAGUUGGCAUCUCUGAGCUGGAUAGUUGGGAGUGUAAAUUCAUUACUACAAGCAAUCCUUGCUUUGAGGCUUUCCUUCUGUGGAAAUAACAUCAUUGAUCAUUUUUUUUGUGAAAUCCUGGCUGUCCUAAAACUGGCCUGUGUGGACAUUUCCCUCAAUGCUUUUGUCAUGAUGGUAGCAGUUGUGCUAGUCACAUUGAUUCCAGUGCUGCUCAUUUUCAUCUCAUAUGUGUUUAUCCUCAUUACUAUUCUGAGAGUCAAUUCAGCUGAAGGAAGGAAAAAAGCCUUCUCUACUUGUUCAGCACAUCUGGCUGUGGUCAUCAUAUACUAUGGCACCAUUCUCUUCAUGUAUUCAAAACCCAAGGCAAAGGAUCCAGAUUCAGACAAACUGAUUGCUCUAUUCUAUGGUGCAAUGACCUCCAUGCUGAAUCCCAUUAUCUAUAGUCUGAGGAACAAGGAGGUAAAGGCAGCAGUAAAAAAGGUAAUUUUCUCCAACAGAACAUGAAACAUACAGCUUUGUUCUCUGCAUUACACUUCCAAUAC